AUGAUAUGUAAAAAGUGCCAAGUUGAUAAACUUUCAGAAGAAUUUCCAUUUGGUACAAUUAGUUCAAAAUGUGAACACAUUACAUCUUGGUGUUUAAAGUGUCUUGUAAAAUAUCUGAAAGAAACGCAGUAUCAAUGUCCCAUAUGUGAAGCUGAAUUAACUGAACAAGAAUUUAAUGAUUAUUGCUUGCUUUGGGACAAUGCUAGCUUUAAAAUUAAUCUCGAAAGUAUCUCACAAGGACUUACUGAACUUCCUGGACAAGAUAGUUCAAAUUCUGAAAUUUUUUAUGUUGUUCGAUUAAAUGGUGAAAAGUUUGAAUUUAAAGUCUCUGAAAUCGAUACAGUUCAAGAGUUAAAAUAUAGAUUGAUGAACUAUACCAAGAUAGAUACUGAUAGACAAAUGUUAUUUCAUAAAAACAUGGAGCUCAGGGAUUACAGGCUUGACGAUACACUCGCAAGUUAUGGGAUUUGCGCAAAUAGUCAUAUUCAACUUAUCGUCGUACUUUAUUCUAUCUCUGAGAAGGAAGCUGUAAAAAACUUAGCAUUUGAUUCAUAUUGGGGUUAUCCCGAUUCAGGAGAAGACUAUCUAGAUGGUACCUGUUUGAUAUAUAAAGGUGAUAAUUUAUGGAAAACAUAUGAUUGUCUACAUUUGUAUCAUGCUGAAAUACCAUAUAUCAAGCAUUCUGGAGAUAUUAUGAAUCGUAACAAUGGACAUCAAAAAAUUACAGCUAAACUUGAUACUCUUCCUAAGGAUGUUACGCAGCUUUAUUUAAUCUUGAGUUCUUUUAAAUCUUUAACAAUUAGUAAUUUUCAAAAUCCAAGCUUUAAAUUAUAUGACGAAGAGAGACCGAAUAAACAGCUAUGUAAUUAUAAUUUACGUAGAGCUGAUAAAUCACAAGCUGUUAUAAUGUGUCUUAUUAAUCGAUCGCAUGGUAGGUUGUCAAAUGGAGACAUCGUCAACUACAAUCCAAUCAUGGAGCAUAUUAAGGACAUUAAAAGUAAAUUAAAAAAGAGAUUUUUUGACUAA